AUGGGCAAAAAGAAGUUCAGUGGGCUGGAGAUCAGCUUGAUCGUCCUCUUCUGCAUAGUAACAGUCAUACUCUGUGUCUUCAUUGGGCUUUUUGCAACAGGACAUACUGGAGUCAAAGAUCCAGAUUUUUACCCACAAUGCUCGAGUAUACGAAACGAGGAGAGGAUUGACUGCAUCCCGGAUGAACUGGCAACAAAGGCGACCUGCUCCCGCCGUGGCUGCUGCUGGAGCCCCCUGGCCGACACCAGCGUGCCCUGGUGCUUCUUCUCCCCAAAACACGGGUACAAAGUGCAGUCACAAAAAUCAACCACAGCAGGAUUUGAGGCUACGUUGAAGAGGCUGCCAUCACCUUCCCUCUUUGGGAACGACAUCCAGACUGUUCUGCUCACGGGGGAGUAUCAGACACCAAAUCGCUUCCGAUUCAAGAUCACUGAUCCUAAAAGACAAAGGUUUGAAGUCCCUCACGAGCAUGUGAAAGCAUUCACUGGAUCUGCAGCCUCCAACCUGAAGUACCAGGUGACACUACAGCAGAACCCCUUUGGCCUCGUGGUGACCAGAGUGAGCAAUGGCAAAGUGCUGUUUGACACCACCAUAGGCCCCCUGAUAUAUGCUGACCAGUUCUUACAGCUCUCAAUCCAACUGCCCAGCAGCAACAUUUACGGGGUGGGGGAGCACGUGCACAAGCAGUAUCGGCACGACGUCAACUGGAAAACCUGGCCCAUGUUGGCCAGGGACAUCCCCCCCUCUGGAGAAGUGCGUAACUUAUAUGGAGUUCACACUUUCUUCCUGUGUUUGGAAGACAACACUGGAGCCUCCUUUGGUGUUUUCUUAAUGAAUAGCAAUGCCAUGGAGUUUGUGGUGCAGCCUGCUCCAGCAGUGACCUACAGAACCAUUGGUGGGAUCCUGGAUUUCUACAUCUUCCUGGGGGACACUCCAGAGCAAGUGGUGCAGGAGUACCUGCAGUUCGUGGGAUUGCCAAUGUUUCCCUCCUACUGGAGCCUGGGCUUCCAGCUGAGCCGCUAUAAUUACGGCUCCCUGGAGGAGGUGGUGAAUGUGGUGGAGAGGAACAGGGCCAUUGGACUCCCCUACGAUGCCCAGGUCACUGACAUUGAUUACAUGGAGGCAAGGAAAGAUUUCACCUAUGAUGGAGAGAACUUUACAGAUCUCCCUAACUUUGCAGAGUAUAUGCACAACUAUGGACAAAAAUAUAUUAUCAUAUUGGAUCCUGCCAUUAGCACACAAAAUCUAUUGAAUGGAAGUGCAUAUGGAAGCUACGUCAGAGGAACAGAGAGAAAAGUCUGGAUUAAUGGAUCAGACGGAGUAACACCCUUAGUCGGGGAGGUGUGGCCAGGGGAAACUGUAUUCCCAGACUUCACUAACCCAGAGUGCACCAACUGGUGGGUGGAGGAAUGCAGAUUGUUUCAUGACACGGUGCCAUACGAUGGAAUCUGGAUUGAUAUGAAUGAAAUAUCCAGCUUCGUUCAAGGCUCAAUAAAUGGUUGUGAACAGAAUGACUUAAACUACCCUCCUUACACUCCCAGAAUUGUUGACAGGAUGAUGUUUUCCAAGACGUUGUGCAUGGAUGCAGUGCAGAAUUGGGGGAAGCAUUAUGAUGUCCACAAUCUUUAUGGAUAUUCCAUGGGCAUAGCAACACAGAAAGCCAUCGAGACUGUGUUUCCUGGAAAGAGGAGCUUCAUGAUUUCAAGGUCUACUUUUAUGGGAUCAGGAAAGCAAACAGGACACUGGCUGGGAGAUAAUGCAGCAACGUGGGAUCACUUAAAAUGGGCAAUACCUGGAAUGCUGGAGUUCAACCUCUUUGGAAUUCCUUAUAUUGGAGCAGACAUUUGUGGCUUCUUUGACGACACCACAGAAGAACUUUGCAGACGCUGGAUGCAAGUGGGAGCAUUUUACCCCUUCUCCAGGAAUCACAAUUCUGAAGGAUACAUAUCUCAAGACCCAGCUGUGUUUGGAGCUGACUCGGUGCUGGUGAACAGCUCCAAGCACUACCUGAACAUUCGCUACACACUGCUACCCUACCUGUACACGCUCUUUUACAAAGCUCACACCCGAGGAGACACAGUGGUGCGGCCACUUCUGCACGAGUUCUACAGCGACGAAGCAACGUGGGACAUCAGCGAGCAGUUCCUCUGGGGUCCUGGGCUGCUGAUUUCCCCCGUGCUUUAUCCAGGUGUGAGUUACACUGAUAUCUACUUACCUGAUGCAAUGUGGUACGAGUUUGAGACGGGCUAUCCACUCUAUUCGAGGAAACUAUGGUACACUUUAUCAACACCAGCAGACAAAAUCGGAGUCCAUUUGAGAGGAGGAUACAUUUUCCCUUUCCAAAACCCAGGCACCACGACAGUUGCAAGUCGCACGAAUCCAAUGGGACUUAUAAUUGCCCUGGAUGAUAAUAAUAAUGCUACUGGGGACUUGUUCUGGGAUGAUGGGGAAUCUACAGGUACCAUUGAGAAUAGAAACUACCUUCUCUAUGAGUUUAUAUGUUCCGAUAAUACUCUGCACAUCAAUGUUGCAUUCAACAACUACAGUGAUCCAAACAACUUGAUGUUUGAAGAAAUCAGGAUAUUCGGAGUGCGCCAGGAAGUAACAUCAGUCACUGUGUAUGAAAACAAUGUUGUGCAAAAUUAUCCACUUAAUAUCAACUAUAGUUCUUUAUACCAGACUGCCACUAUAACAGGACUUCAGCUUGAACUGGGAAGAUCUUACACAGUACAAUGGCAGCAAAACACAACUCUCGAGGAAAGGUUUGAUUGUUAUCCCAGUCUUGAUCCAACAAGAGAAAAAUGUGAACAACUUGGCUGUACCUGGGAAGAAACACAAAAUGCGGACGCCCCUUCCUGCUACUUCAGCUCUGACAGCCCUUACUACCUAGAGAACAUCCAAUACUCCUCCACAGGGGUUGUGGCUGACCUGACUUUGGACAGUGCCAGGAUCAGAGCUAACGAGGCUUACAUUACUCCCAUCAGCACCCUACGCGUGGAGGUCAUAUAUCACCUCGACAACAUGCUGCAGUUCAAGAUCUAUGAUUCUGAAAACCCACGAUAUGAGGUCCCAAUCCCACUAGAUCUCCCCAGCUCCCCAACAAGCUCAAGCCAGAGCCGACUUUAUGAAACAUCCCUUCAGAUAAAACCCUUUGGAAUACGAAUCCAGCGCAGGAGCACAGGGACAAUCAUCUGGAAUUCAGCCCUGCCCACCUUCACCUUCAGCGACAUGUUCAUCCAGAUUUCCACCCGCUUGGCAUCCGAGUACAUCUAUGGAUUAGGGGAGUCUGAAAAACCCACAUUCCGAAACGACAUCAACUGGCAAACCUGGGGGAUGUUCACCAGGGAUCAGCCUCCUACUUACCAGUUGAAUUCCUAUGGUUAUCAUCCAUUUUACAUGGCUCUUGAAGAAGAUGGUAAUGCCCACGGGGUUUUGUUGCUUAACAGCAAUGCAAUGGAUGUGACUUUCCAGCCAACCCCUGCCCUGACCUACCGGACAACCGGAGGAGUUCUCGACUUCUACGUGUUUUUGGGCCCAACGCCGGAGAUGGUUGUCCAGCAGUACACAGCACUGAUUGGACGGCCGGUCAUGCCAGCCUACUGGUCCUUGGGAUUCCAGUUGUGCCGCUACGGAUACAGGAACGACUCAGAGGUCUCCCAGGUGGUGGAGGAGAUGAAGGCAGCUGACAUUCCCCAUGAUGUCCAAUAUGUAGAUAUUGACUACAUGGAGAGGCAACUGGACUUCACCCUUGGCACACGCUUUGCUGGAUUACCAGCUCUGAUUAACAGAAUCAAAGCAGAUGGAAUGAGAUUCAUCAUCAUCCUGGAUCCAACCAUUUCUGGAAAUGAAACCAAUUAUCCUACAUUCCAAAGAGGUGUGGACAAUGAUGUCUUCAUAAAACGGCCUAAUUCCGAUGAAAUUAUAUAUUCCAAGGUCUGGCCAUUCCUUCCUAAUGUAGUAGUUAAUGAGUCCCUGCCUGAGCAAACCCAGAUACAGCUCUAUGGAGCACAUGUUGCUUUCCCAGAUUUCUUCCGCCCUUCUGCAGCUGAGUGGUGGAAGAGAGAAAUCCUGGAGUACUACAACAAUACCAACAAUCCCGAGAACAGUGUCAAGUUCGAUGGCCUGUGGACUGACAUGAAUGAACCAGCAACUUUUUAUAACGGUGCUCUUGAUGGCUGCAGAGACGACCUCCUAAACAACCCACCCUACAUGCCUCAUUUGGGAUUCAGGUCAGAGGGAUUAAUUGUCAAAACUCCAUGCAUGGAAGGUGUACAGUAUCUCCCAGAUGGGACUGCAGUCAGACACUUCGAUGUCCACAGCCUUUACGGGUGGUCGCAGUUCUCCAUCCAUGAGACAGAGGAACUUCUGGAUGUUACCUUAAUGCUGUUCUUUUGUAAGGAGGCUUUUGCAGUGCCAGAACCCUUUACUAGUGAACACAGGAACUGUCUGGAGUUUUUAAACUUUCACACAGGAGCUGAUAUCUGUGGCUUCUCCCAAGACUCGGAGUAUGAGCUUUGUCUUUGCUGGAUCCACCUGGGUGUGUUUUACCCAAACUCCAGCAGUCCCAACCAGAGGGGAGCAAGGUGAAGGCAAGAUCCUGCUGCCUGGAAUUCAACAUUUGCUGAGGCUUCCAAGAAGGUGCUGAAUGUCAGAUACACCCUGUUACCUUAUCUCUACACUCUAAUGCAUGAUGCCCAUGCCAACGGCAGCACUGUGGUCCGUCCUGUAUUGCAUGAGUUUGUGGACGACAGAACAACCUGGGACAUACAUGAGCAGUUCCUCUGGGGGCCUGCCCUGCUCAUCACCCCUGUGUUGCAACAGAAUGCUGUAACAGUGACGGGUUACUUGCCCCGUGCCCGCUGGUAUGAUUACUACACUGAUGAAUAUGUUGGCUUUGGGGGGGGACAAUACCAAGUUUUCCCAGCUCCUUUGGAUCAUAUCAACCUGCAUAUCCGAGGUGGACACAUCCUUCCUUGGCAAAAUCCUGCCAGGACAACUUUUUACAGCCGGCAAAACCCAAUGGGACUCACGGUGGCAUUGGAUGACAGUCUGUUUGCAGAAGGACACCUUUACUGGGAUGAUGGGGUUAUGAUUGAUGCAUAUGAAAAUGGUCAAUAUCUGCUGACAUCAUUCACUGCUAAUCAGAAUGUUUUAGAUAUCAGGGUUUUGCACAACGGCUACACUGACCCAAAUAACUUAAAUUUUACUGACAUUAAAGUCCUGGGGGUGCCCAGCAGUGUCACUCAGGUGACUGUGUUGCAGAACAGUGGGACAAUCCAAUCACCUCAUGCCUCGAAUUACAACAGCACCAAGCAGCUCCUGACAAUCACUGGGCUUGAGCUGAAAUUAGGCCAGAACUACACCCUGCAAUGGAGCUGAAAUGCCUGUAAAACAACGUCGACCACAACACUGAAUCUUCUCACGUUUUGAAACUCUCUUUCAAUUUUUCAAUUUUCAAAGCAGCUUUUUUUUUUUUUUUUUUCAUCUUAGAAUACUUUUUUACUAUAAAAACACACCAGUACAGUCAGUUCAUAUUCAGGUAUAUUCUGUGUGUUGAAGGCUGAGCUCAGUGUCUCCCUGGGAAGCAAAAUAUGUGUUCUAAUCACUGUGGCUCUUCAGACUAACUUAAUCUUUCAAAACUGAGAACUGGAGGUAAAACUCUGUUUUCUCAUGGAGUAGAAUUGUGGCCAAUUUCCUGAAUCCCAGGUUUUGUAAAAAACACACACUUGAUGUUACCUCUGCAUGGACUUGGGGCCAUAACUGUACUAUAUUUAACUUUAAUUGUAAUUAUACCUAUGUAAGCCACUGCCAUGGAGAAGUAUUUAAGACCAGAUAAAGCAAAUGUUUUCAGAUGACUGAUUUAGCACAAAGCAAUGUUUCCAGUUGUUGAUCUAUAAAAUACGAAGAUAUUUGCAAAAGACAUUUGAAGUUGGCGUUUUUUGUAUGCUUUUUUUAGCCAGAUAUUUUGGUUUCUUGGUGUUUUGACCUGAAGCUGUAAAAGUAAACCUGAAGUUUCAAGGUUAACUAAUGAAUGUUUAUCUCUGAGUGUUUAUUUCACUGAAGGGAACAUUGUUGUAUGUUUACUAUA